GGGGUUGGGGAGGGAGGUGCCGGCGCUCCAGUUCCUCCUCCCACCCCCCCGCCCGGUGGGAUCCUCCCGGUACCUCCCGGCGGAGCUGCCUCCGCUCCGGCCCCGCAGAUGCUGCGCGUCCUCUUCCUCCUCCUCCUCCUCGCCUGCCCCGGCAGCUCGGCAGCCGGCCCCGCCAUCACAGCCCGCACCCUGUCCCCCUGCUACUCCGCAGACCUCCGCCCGGCACAGGGGGGGUUGGUCUCUGCCCCCGGCUGCACCGUGCUGCUGGUGCCCCCCCCUCUGCAGACCUCCCAGGUGGUCCUCUGGGAAUACAGGAGCGGCCCGGAGGAAGGAACCAUCCUCACUCACGCUGUCGAUGGCCCCACCAACACCUCCCGCCCCUACCAGAACCGCACCCUCUUCAAUCAGACGGAUUUCUCGCUGCGGCUGCUGCUGGGCCGGGGGGACGGGCGGCUCUACCGCUUCAGGACCGAGGCUGAGGCCACGGGCUGGUUCCAGCUGCGUGUUGUGGAGCCCCUCUCCCAACCAGAAAUCCUGGGCAACUCCUCGGUGAAGGCAGGAGGCAGCACCCAGCUGGUUUGCAACGCGGUGGAAGGGCAGGCGGACUCGUACUGGUGGAAGAAGAACGGGGAGGUGCUGCUGGGCAGUGAGCACAUCCAGUUUGUGGGCAACAGCACCCUGAGCAUCGCCGGUGCCUCCAUCAACGACAGCGGGCACUACUCCUGCGUGGUGAGCAACCAGGUCAGCCAGAACGAGACCUCCUUCCUGCUCCACGUCCAGAAUGCUGCCAACGUGGUGCUGCCCAUGAUCCUGGCCUGCGUGGCCCUGGGCUCCCUGGCUGGUGUCCUUGUCUGGUGCAGGAGAAGGGACCGCCCGUGUCACAACCCCUGCAGGUAGAGAUCUCGGGGUCCUUACUGCUGUCCCCAAUGCUGCUGCUGGUGCUGGUGCUGCCCCAGCCUCUUCUGGGCUCACCUUGGAAUUGCUCAAGCUGCUGGACUCCAGGAUAUUUGUUUGUAAAGCACCAGGUUGGGCAGUUGGGUGCUGCCCUGCCCUUCCCCAGGGGAAGGUGGGCAUGGCUGUGCCUGCCAGGCUGCUGCUGAGCCCCUGGCUGGGCUGGGAGGAGCCCAUGGGCCUUCUUGGGCUGGGGGUGUUAUUCCCUCCUGUAGCUGAGGGUUCUGAGCCUGGAGGCACAAACGGCCUCUUCACCCUGCACAGAACUGGAUGCUGGACCUGUGCCUCCUGCCCCUCAGGCUGGGCUCUUUGCACCCAUCUUUCCUUCUGUUGGGCACAAGCCCAGGUCCAGCACCCCCCCUGAGCCAUCCCCAGCACCCUGCAGGGACUCUGGCUACAAGGUGUGGACUUCUGGUGGCCUGGGGACCUCCUUGCUCUGCCCCAUGGGCUAGAGCUGUACAGGGUGGUGAGUUUCUGGCUGGGCUCUUGCCUCUAGGUCUGCUCUCCCUUUUCCUUGGAGAAUGGAAUGGGAGAAGCUCCAGCCUCAUCCCGUGGUGCCAGCUGUGCUGGCUUCAACCUCAAGAACUGUGGGAGAGCAGCCUGGGGGCUUGGCCAUGAGGGAUGCUCCAUCCUGAGGGGUGGGAGAGGUCCCGGGGGGCUGGCAGGGAAGGGGCAGCACCCACCUGGGGAGCUCCCGUUGCAAUUAAAUUAAAAUCAGAGCAGUUUGGGUGGAGCCAGCUAGAGUUCAGCCGCGGGGUUAAGCUGGUUGCCAGGUCCCUGAGGCACUUGCAGGUGUAAAAACCCCAACACAUUCUGGAGAUGUUUUUUGGGUUUGUUUUUGGUUUUUUUGGUUUUUAUUUUCAGUGUCUGAUGCUGCUAAUAAAAGCGAGUUUGUAUCUCA